CAUGAAGGAUCCUCAGCUACCAGGUACCAAAACACUUAAUGGCUGGACAAAACGACAUGGAGCGAAAAAAGGAAAGAAUGAGCCAGCGCCCCAGCCCGCCCAGACAGAACAACAAACACAGAAAGUGCCAGUAUUAACACCUGAACAACGGGCAAAGCAGACUGCCUUUGAGAGGGUAAUCUAUGACAUGUCCCACAAUGACCACGUCAUCAAUGACAUUAUGCUGGGUCGCAGGAUUGCGUUCUAUGAACUCAGAGGAGAGAUAGGGACAGGAAAUUUCUCCCAGGUCAAACUUGCUGUUCACGCAUUGACUAAAGAACGUGUUGCUGUUAAGAUACUUAAUAAGAUGCGUCUCAACAAGAAGUCACAGACUUUAUUUGCGUCAGAGAUUGCCUGUAUGGAAAGACUCUCCCAUCCAAACAUUGUACGUCUGUACGAAGUGCUCGAAACCAGUAAGCAUUUGUACCUUGCUAUGGAGUACGGCAGUGGAGGAGACCUGUUCUCACGCAUCACCACCAGGGGGCGCCUGUCAGACCUGGAAAGCAAGCUCAUCUUUGCCCAAAUCAUCUCAGCCAUCAAACACAUGCACGAAAAUAACAUCAUCCAUCGCGACUUGAAAGCAGAAAACAUAUUUUACACCACAUGCUACUGCAUCAAAGUGGGCGACUUUGGUUUCAGUACUGUCAGUGAACCAUCUGAAACUCUGACCACGUUUUGUGGCUCCCCACCAUAUGCGGCACCCGAGCUGUUCAGAGAGAAAAGCUACGUGGGACGUUAUGUUGACAUCUGGGCACUGGGAGUCUUAUUAUACUUCAUAGUGACUGCCACCAUGCCUUUCCACGGCGACAACCUGGGGCGACUGAAACGCUGCAUCCUGCAAGGGGCGUACAGUAUCCCGGCCUACGUCCCUGACCCCUGCCAACUGGCCAUCAAAGGCAUGCUACGACCCAUACCUGUGGACCGCACCACGGUGUCACAACUGAUGGUCUGCUCUUGGCUAAGGGGCAUUGAGUUCCCCAAAUCGUACCACGUUCUCAGUGCAACGCCCAAUCACCUUGCUGACCCUGCAAGGACUCUGUGUGUGGAGGAGCAGGAAGUGAAAUCAGCCCUGGGUGAACUUGGAAUCAGUGCCACACAUCUGCAGAACAAUACCUGCACAGACUCACGCAGCCCAAUUACAGGAACUUAUCGGAUCCUGCUGCACCGUAUACAGAAGAGGAGGUCCGUAGAGGCAGUCGGAUAUUCCGCCCUCUACCCAGAGGAUUUUGGUAGCAAGGAAUACUGGGCCAGCAAUGCAAUGGCCAAACACAACCCAUCUUCAGUCUGCAAUGUACUAUAAAGACUAGUGUGAUCAUAUCUCAGUGGUUCAAAUGUGGCUCACCAUUAGGUUAUUAUUACCUAUAAUGCAAUGCAUCAGGAAGUAAUUAAUUUACAUGUAUGAAAUUGUGCUAUUUGCUGACAGACUAGAGUCAUAUCACAUUCUGUUUAUAAAGCACUUAAAAUGAUGUAAAAUUAGUGGACCCAAUUUAUAUCAGACUUACAAAUUCAUUUAAAUGACAGCUCACAAACUGAGUACCUUGGAACAUAUACAGUGGGAUCCAAAAAUGUUGACCACUAUUUUGGAUUCUUUUCUUAUUUAAAUGUGAAGUGUGUAAUUAUGUUGGCUUGACAAAGCCAACAUUAUGUUUUUCUUCAAACUGGGUUUAUAUAUAUAUAAUCCUUUUAAAUCAAGACCAACAUUUCUAACAAUGGCCCCUUUCACGCAUACAGCACUUUCCAGAAAUUUUACUGCAGUUUUUCAGGUUAGAGGUCAUGUGUAAACACAACCUUUUUGAAAAUACUAGAAAUUUUGCUCUGGCAAUAUCCCUUAAUGAGAAGUUGUAUAAUUAUCUAUACAUUUCCAUACUGAUGGUGUGUGAACAGAGCUAUAAUAUUACUGGUUUCAGUUUGUUCGAGGUCUGGUCGCGCUGCCAUAAGAAAGUUCUGACGGAGAUGUAGCAAUUACUCCGUUCUGUAACACCGGUGGAAGUAAGAAAUACGUCAACACAUUGGUCAGAUAGCGAAACUAGAGCGCUUCUCUUCAUCCGAGCGAAUGAAGAAAUUUUCAGACAGCUUAAAAAAACAGUAAUCGAUUCUGUUACGCAAGACAAAAUCACCAGCCUCCUUCGGGAAUCCACAGACGUCUUUGUAGCGACAUACUGUAUAUACACUCAUUACUGUGCUUUUCAGCCGCAGAUGCCGUCUCUACCUAACAGACCUUUUGACAGCAUUUUGUUCCAUGUAGUUCAUCGAUCUUAUUUGAAAUCAUCGCAUUUGAUGUCGUUGAGUCUCGUGCAACUGCAUAAAUGUAAACAUUUGCCAAAAAAAUGGAAAAUAUCACCUACAUUACCGACGUUCAGAAUUCAGUUACAAAAUAAUCAGUGGUGUAGUAGUGACUGAAGAGGUGGCAUACUGUGAAUUUAUAUAUAAAAAAUAAAAAUAAAAAAAAUUACAUUUGAUACAAUUACGGGACAACUUAUCAUCUGCGAAGAGCAUAAAAAAACUAGCACGGGUGCAGUGACAUUCAGUAUUUUCCCAAAGUUUAAUAGCAUACGUUUUUAUUUAAAUGCAUUCAUGUUUUCACUUUCAGCAGCGAGGUAAAUACAGCGCAAAUUGUGGUGACUCCAGCGCUUCAGCAUUUCAUGCAGAGACAAAAAAUGUUCCGCCCCUUAUUGAAACGGAAAAUAUGAUUGGUUAGAAAAUAUCCAACAGCGUCUUAAACGAACCUUCUGAUUGGUAGUUCAGCUGAGUCGAAAUGUCUAUCUUUCCCACGCCUACAGUUGCGGUCCCGCCUUCCGCUGAUCUAUGCGGGUUUAGAGAGCAUCUCUGUACACUUAAAAAAAAAAAAAAACAAUUAACACAGCGGUGCUGCGGCAUCACAUCAGUAUUAUUAUAAGUUAUGGGUCAAAAGUCUCCUCGCUGUUCUGAAGGCCAUACGUAUCAAAACUCAUUUUAGGUGGGCAUUCGCAAAAUCCUUUGAAAGAUAGGUGGGCAUACAGCGUAAUUCAUAAUACCCCGUCAUGUUUACAAACAAGAAUCCUAUAUUUCCGGCGCAGAUGUGUAGAUUAAGUUCCGGCAAAUGACGUCACAGAGUUCAACGGCAUUUGGUACUGAUGUUUGAAUGGUACUAGCAAAACAGAAAAAAGACGAAAGUCGUUGCAUGUGUGAAUAGCACAUGUGGUAUAUUUACGAUUUUCCUGUAAUUUAUCUGGUUGCAUGUGUGAAAGGGGCUGAUAACUACCCCUAGAUCUACAGAAUAUUCUUGGCUUUUAACCCCUUACUGGUCAACUUACGAUUUCGCAUAGCGGACAAUCAAAAAUUAGAAAAUCCCAUAGACUUACAUUGACGGAAUGUUCAAACGGGCCAACGGAAUGCUGGUUAAUUCAAACUCCAAGUUUUAUUUUUUUAAAUGUAAACAAACCCACAAAAGGCCUUUAAUCUUCUUUAAGUUACUCUAUCUAUCUGUCUAUCUAGCUGUCUGUCUGUCUGACUGUUUGUCUGAUAGUCUGUCUGUCUGUCUGUGUCCGUCUGUCCUCCCGUCCAUCCAUCUGAAUCGGACAUAUUAUCUCACUAUCUAUGUGACCCUCUGUCUAUCUAGCAAGCUGGUAGUUUGUCUUACUGUAAUGACUGUAUAACCAUCAAACUUUUAAAGCUAGUUAAAACCUUCUGACAAGGCUAACGCUAACAUCAAAGUUUGUCUUGACAAACUUCACCUUUCUAUUUCUGAUGUUAAAAUUUUUCCUCCUAUCCCAGAGACAACAACACAUUUUCUAUGACUUUUCUUUGUUUUCAAAAUCCUAAAACUUUUUAUUACUACUUAAAUAAAUAAAUAAAAAAAUUGCCAUUAGACCCAACUGUAUGUUGCUACAGUUGCUUUACAUAACACAUAUAACAACCUGUAUUAUACACAUACCGAACAGAUCAUGUGUAAAUAAAGCAAUUACCAUGCAGAAUUGGUUUUGGUGCAUGUAAAAUCACAGUGUGUUUCGAGUGGAGGGUGUUUCUGCUUACACUGAAACAUUAUUUUGCAGUCGAUCCUUAAGUGGUCAUUCACUUUUGCCAAUGAAUUUGGAAAUGUGGCCAAUACUUAAUGGUUAGUCAAACAUUUAAUGUAUAUUUUUCUAUUAAUGAUUUGUUGAAUGUUUGAUAAUGAUGUUCAUUUGGUAAUGCCUGGUUUAGUUUGAGCAACAGCUUUGUGUUGGGCAGAAUGUCAAACGCACAGUGAAUGUUUGUCAUAUAUUAAUCAACAGGCUUUAGUUACUGGUGGUUCUUGCCUUAUGUAACAAAGUCCACAUGCAACUUUUCAAAAGCCUGAUAGAUUUGAUGCUUAUCUCUCUGUCUCUGCUUGUCCUUCAUUUGAAUCUUUGAGUCUGUUGCUUAAUUUGAUGGACUGAGUGGCCAUCUGUCUCAAUUAAAUUAGCUGAAUGGCUGCUUAGUGAUUAUUUUCUAAUCUUGGACAGAGUUUACAUUAAAUGUAUGGCAUAAAGGAUUAAAGGGUGAUUAGCUGUUAAUGCUAAUUAGUGUGGUGCUUCAUAAAAAGCUUGAGGUAUCAGUGAUUACAUUGCAUUCUAUGAAAUUAUCAUCUUAAUUUUACUUGACCCCAAAAACAAGUCUUGGCAUGUUGAUACCUAGAGAGCUGCCAAGAAUCCUGUGUUUUUAGAGGUAUAAUAGUGGGUUGUAGUUUGACAUAUAUGCCUUCAACCUUAAAAAUAAUAGACCAUAUUCAUGGUACUGCCAUCUAUGAUUCUGAAUGGGACUGACAACAAAGCUGUUAGGGACAGACUUAAAUCUCUUCAAUGGCACGAACAGUUUAAAGCUGUAAAAAGCUCCUAGAUCACAUCUGAUUUUCCAUAACUCAUAUUGUCUGGAGUUUUUUGUCUACUGAAUGCUCUUGAAAAGAUGUUUUUUCAACGUUUUGUGUGCGGAGCGAUCCAAAAACACCUUAAACUUCAGUACAACCCAUUGAAGAGACUGUACGUCUGUCCCCGAUAGCAUUGUUGUCAUUCCUGUCAAAAAUCAAAUAUGGCGCUACUGUGAAUAAGGUCUAUUUAGAGAUAAAUUUCUUAUUGUUUAACCUUACUUACUGUUAUCCUUUAAAUGCUACUGCAUUAUUUGCAGCAUAAGAUUUAAAUAAUGAUUAAAUGCGAAGCAGAAACAUAUUUGUGUUUGAGCUCAUGUUGCUAUAUAAAUAAAUUGUG